UUUUUAUUUUCAUUUACUUAUAUCAUUUCGUUUUAGGUAAGCCAAAUCAUCAAUAAACUGCUUCUUUCACUGCUGCUGCACCAUUAACACCUCACCUGAUGUAGAUUAUGUUGUCAAUCUUUGAGCCUUUUCUGUAGUUGACGCUGUGGAGAAUAUGACAGAUGACAGUGACAGAUAUUACCGUAACACCGACUCGAGAAUUGACGUGUUUCUCCCCACGUAGCUACUCUGAGAGCUCCAUCUACUGGACACGCAGCAGCAGCAGUCCGAGAGCACAACAGGCACAAGACCCGACGGGUGGGGUCAGGAAAUGUUGUCUUUCCUAUCUUAAACCCUAUUGGUCACUCGGCUGCCUGUGGGACAUUCUCAUGGGAGGUGAUUGGCUGUUGCGCUCAACGGCUCGUUUUUGAUUGGUGGAAAACGUUACGUUGCCUGUGGCCUGAGAAGUUGAUGAUUCCGUCGGUUCCUGAGUAGAGAGCUUAGGGGCCCACGGUGGAGAAAUGGCAAGAAUGCUUGAGCAGAACGGAUGUGAAGACGAAACACAGGACCUCGAGCCGCAGGGACCGGGUCGGGGUGGAGCCAGAUGGGGUCCACAGCACGCCGGUGCCCGUGAAUUGGCUAAUUUAUACUCGCCAGGCAAAAGAUGUCAAGAAUGGAUCAGCGUGGCCUUGUGCUUCUCUCUCAUGGCCUUCAAUUUCAUCCACCUUCUCGCCAAUUUCCAUACAGGAUAUUUGUGGCAGAUCCUGUUGGGCAUUGUGGGAGGGAUACUCACCGCAGACUUUGCAUCAGGACUUGUUCACUGGGGGGCUGAUACGUGGGGAUCAGUGGAUCUGCCCAUUGUUGGAAAGGCCUUUAUACGACCAUUUAGAGAGCACCACAUCGACCCCACAGCCAUCACCCGUCACGACUUCAUUGAGACCAAUGGUGACAACUGCAUGAUAACCAUAAUCCCUCUGGCACACAUGGCAUUCAGCUUCCUCACCCUCUCACCUGCGGAGAUUUACCACGUCUACCCCUGGUACUGUUACUUGUAUGCACUAGCCAUCUUUGUGACCCUUACCAACCAGAUCCACAAGUGGUCGCACACAUACUUCGGCCUGCCUCGUUUGGUUGUGCUCCUACAGGACUUGCACAUCAUCCUCCCCCGCAAGCACCACCGCAUCCAUCACGUCUCCCCUCAUGAGACGUACUUCUGCAUCACCACAGGAUGGUUGAACUACCCUCUGGAGAAGCUGGGUUUCUGGAGGAACCUGGAGGAUCUUAUCCAGGGUGUGACAGGAGAGAAGCCUCGGUCGGAUGACCUGAAAUGGGCUCAGAAAGUCAAGUAACGCUGUGGGCUAACUGCUCCCUACCUCAGAAGACGCUGGCUCCGUCCAGGCUUCUCAUCCUCCUUUUUGCCUCACUUAAACUGUAAUCCGUAGGAAGGGAAAACUAACACAGUUUCUGAGGUCAUAGCUUUGUCUUGCACACAUUGUCUGUGUUUGUUUGCUUGCUUGUUUUUCUUUUUCAGGAGAAGGGCUUUGUUGAUGCAGUUUUUCAUUACUCACUCGUGGAGAUCUGCACUUCUCACCAAUCCUUAACUCGUCAUACGUCUAACAAAACUCAUGAUGUGAUUUGCCGUGGUGUUUGCUCAGAAGGUGUGAUCAGAUGCAUACAUUUGAAAUAGCUUUUCAAGGAAAAGAUUUCCCUCAUGUCAGAAAAUGCAAACAGCCCUUAAGAAAGGAAACCUGAAAGACUGAACGCUCCCUUUUUUCUCCUGCGGAGCAACAAACGUUCAUUUGGAAAGUUGAUAAAUCACAUUAUAUGUACUGUAGUACUCCUUUAUUUUCUCUGCGUCAGUCUCUGUAUUUCCACUUUAUUAAGGAUCUGCUUAACACAGAUUUAGGUCAUGGUGAGUAGUAGGGCAGGCAUGGUGGAACAGUGAUUGGCACUGUCUCCUCACAGCAAGAAGGUUCCAGGUUCGAGCCCGGGCUGACCUGGUGCCUUUCUGUGCAUGUGGAGUCUGCAU